AGAGGCGUAAAAGUUAGACGGACACGCCGGGAAUAACUUCCGGGGUUUCGGAGCGCCGUGCAAGCGCUUUACCGAAUCGGGGGUGGGAAUGGGGGGCGGAGGAAGAGGGGGAUGCCUGUGACCCUCAACUGUUCGGAGCACGCGCUGAAGUUAGAAAAGUCCGCUGCGAGUGGCCGAGCGAGCCGUUCGUGGAGCUCCUUCUUCCGGCGCCAUGGACGGAGACUUCUUGCUGGCGCUGCGGCUGCAGGCAGAGUGGGAGGCGGAGGACGACGAGGUCCAGGCGGGCAAGGCGGCUUCCUCCUCGCCCUUGCCGCUCUCGGUAGUGGACAAAUCCUGGGAGCUGCUGGAUCCCAACCCGGACGUGCGAGGCCUUUUCCUGCAGUUCAACGAGAGCCUCUUCUGGGGGCGCCUGGCGGCCGUGGAGGUCAAGUGGAGCCCGCGCAUGACGCUAUGUGCAGGAGUUUGCUGCUAUGAAGGCCGUGGUGGAAUGUGCUCCAUCCGACUUAGUGAACCACUCUUAAAAUUGCGACCAAGGAAAGAUCUUGUAGAGACUCUCUUACAUGAAAUGAUCCAUGCCCUGUUGUUUGUCACAAAUAAUGACAAAGAUCAUGAUUCCCAUGGCCCAGAGUUCUGCAAACACAUGAAUCGGAUAAAUCGUUUAACUGGAGCCAAUAUUACGAUCUACCAUGAGUUUCAUGAUGAAGUGGAUUCCUACCGCCAGCACUGGUGGCGUUGCAAUGGCCCAUGUCAAUACAGAAAGCCAUAUUUUGGCUAUGUGAAGCGUGCAAUGAAUAGGGCACCUUCCGCAAAUGACUUUUGGUGGUCUGAGCACCAACAAACCUGUGGGGGUACAUUCACCAAGAUCAAAGAGCCAGAGAAUUACUCAAAGAAAAACAAAGAGAAGAACCAACAAGCAAAAAUUCUAGCUGAUGACAAAGGAAGAGCUCAUGACCAUACUAUACAAAACAUUAUUCCUUUCAGUGGAAAAGGAUAUGUUCUUGGAGGAAAAAGCAGUUUGACCUCAUUGGAGAGAACCUCAGAUGCAAGCAAGCACAAGAACAGAGAACUGCUCAGAUCACAGCAUCAUUUACCAGCUGGCUUGUCUAGAACAAACCCUAAGGGUGAACUAGAAUUUGAACAAAAUGUUUCAAAUGUAAAUGUUUCACCUCAGUUUUCUUAUGAUGGGGAUAAGAAUAACUUUGCUUCCAGAAUCAUGCUUCCUAAGGUUUCAGUUGCUAACAAAAAAGCUUACACUAAUGUUAAUGGCUCACCAAUUAAAAACAGUUCAUUUCAUGGAAUGAGAUCAGUUUCAAGCCCUUCAUAUACAUGGAAUUCACCAGCAAAGAGGACAAUAGAAAAAAGCAUUUCUGAUCCAGUUACACUGACUCAAAGGUCUCAGACUGCAUCUCAAGGAAGUAGUGGCAUGCCCAAUGGUGGACCACCAAAGCGGGCAAGAAUGGAAGACUCAGUCGCCUUUGAAAACUAUUUUAUCAAGAAAAAAGAUCCAGAAUGUACUAGCCUUUCUAUGAAAAGCAAGGCCAAAUCAACAGUUUCAGAAAGUUUGGCUGCUCCUGUCAGUCAUCAGGGCAAAAGGGUUUGCUGCCCUGUCUGCCAUUCUGAGGUUUUGGAAGCUAAAAUUAAUGAACACCUAGAUUCCUGUCUAGGAAACUCCUAAUGUGCAUUUUAUCUUAAAAAUACUGCUUUGCUCAGGGUUUGUCUAAGUGUUUAAUGUUUUGUGAUUUUAUAUCUGCGGAAAGUAAAUAUGUAUGAUAUCAUCCUAUUGAAGUGGAUCUAAGAUUGCUAGUAUAAAAGUGCAGUGAAUAACUACUUAGUAAGAUGGAAGCAAACAGCUUUGGAGAUACACAUAUUUCUUAUGGCUAGAAAAGGUAUCUGAGUUCUAAAGAAACAAUUACACAUUAUUUAUGACUUUUCAUAGACUUUAUUUUUUUAAAUGAAACCUAAACCUUUAGCAUGAUCAAAAUUCUGACAUGUUUAGUUCCGAGGAUUAUAUUUUGAAGAUUAUAUUCAUCUGCCAGCCAGUAACACUUGAAUUCAUAAACGCUUGAAACAGUUGAUAUCAGUGGGAUGAAAUCAGUACAAAUUAAACUAUCCUGGUUUUUAAUCACUUGGAAGCUAUCCACUUUGUGACAAUAAAUAACAGCUAUAAUCACACACUUGGAAAUUUCUCAUACACUUUAAAAUGAUGGUACUGACCCUAAAACAGCACAUGUACAACUUACUUCAAAAUACUCUUCUCUGGCUGCCCUCAGCUGUUUAUGUGUGUGUAUUGAAACACUAUUUGGAGCAGCUGCUGCUUGUCUAACUAGUUAUUCAGGACACUCUCCACUCUUAAGAACAGUGAGCGUAUGACGCUGUCACCUAUUACUAAUGGUAUCCAAUUUUAUGGACUGGGAUAGUGCAAGAAAUCACAACAUUAUGUGACCAAGUUCUUUUUCUAGCUCCAAUAAAUGCUAUGCUAGCUUUCCAGA